AUGCAUCGCCUUCCUGUCGUCUCCUCGAGCUUCUCCUUUCUACCGCUGUUCGGAUUCUCCACGGGACAGGUGUCGCGGGUCUGCGAGACGCUAGAGGAGAGCGGAGACGUCGAGCGACUGGCGCGCUUUCUCUGGUCGCUGCCGACGUCGCGUGGCGACGCCGCCGAUGUCAUACACAAGGCGGAGGCGGUUGUGCGAGCGCGGGCGCUCGUCGCUUUCCAUCAGAGCAACUUCGCCGAACUCUACCGCAUUCUCGAGUCGCAUAAGUUCGCGAGUGAAUCGCAUGGGCGUUUGCAGGUGAUGUGGUUGGAGGCGCACUACCAGGAGGCGGAGAAGCAACGAGGACGUCCGCUGGGACCCGUCGACAAGUAUCGCGUGCGCAAGAAGUUCCCGCUGCCGCAGACGAUUUGGGAUGGAGAGCAGAAGACGCAUUGCUUCAAGGAGCGCACGCGCGGCUUGCUGAGAGAGUGGUACCUGCAGGAUCCGUAUCCAAAUCCGGGGAAGAAGAAGGAGCUGGCAGGAGCGACGGGUCUGACGCCGACGCAGGUCGGAAACUGGUUCAAGAACCGUCGGCAGAGAGAUCGCGCCGCCGCUGCGAAGAACAGUUUAGAUCAACAACGCGUUCAGCGCUCACAACAAUGUGCUUUCGUCAAUGGCGCCGUUAAGCACAACAAUCAGCGUCACGUCGGCCCGCACCGCGUCAUCCGACCUGCUCUGAUGUCAGCCGACAUCCCGCUCAUCACCGUCGCCUUCGUGCGUCCGCUGCCGCCAACAUGCGCAGACUCGGCGUGA